UAAAUUUAUUAUUUGUGUCUCGAGGGCAGGCAAAUGUUACUCAAUUCUAUUUCUUUAUAAUUGAUUGCAAAUGAAAAAACGAAAAUUAUUAUUGUCUCUAAUAUACUGGAACAAGGAACAAGAAUGCUUGAUUUGUUUGAUGUGUUAUGAAAUGAUACGCGCAUGAUUGUUGCUUCUUGUACUGUUUAGCAUCUGUAUUUAUUAGGAAACAACAUCGCACGAGUCAUUUCCAGAUUGAAUUAAAUACUCUGUGUCUCUCUUUACAUGCAUUAACACUGAGCUCCCUUCAACUUUCUAAAGUCUAUCAGUGGCAGAGUGAAGAUGUGGAAGCUUAAAGUUGCAGAAGGGGAAAGUCCAUGGCUUCGGACUUUGAACAAUCAUUCAGGCCGCCAAAUUUGGGAGUUUGACCCCGAACUUGGAUCCCCGGAAGAGCUUGCAGAGAUUGAGAAAGUUCGAGAAUAUUUCCAUGAGAAUCGUUCAACACAAAAACACAGUUCUGAUCUUCUCAUGCGCAUUCAGUGUACACAUGAGAAUCAAAAUAGAAUAGUUUUACCACGUGUCGACGUCAAAGAUACAGAAGAUAUGUCAGAGGAUAAAGUAACAGCAACACUAAGGAGAGCUUUAAGUUUCCAUUCAACCCUACAAGCUCAUGACGGACACUGGCCAGCAGAUAAUGGAGGUCCUAUGUUUUUUAUGCCUGGUCUUGUUUUAACUCUAUCAAUAACCGGGGCACUGAAUGCAGUCCUCUCAAAAGAACAUAAACGUGAGAUUUGUCGGUAUUUUUACAAUCAUCAGAACAGUGAUGGUGGGUGGGGUUUACACGUUGAGGGUCCAAAUACUAUGUUUGGUUCUGUUAUGAGCUAUGUCAGUUUGAGGCUGCUUGGUGAAGGAGCUAAUGAUGGACAAGGGGCAAUGAAAAACGGGCGUCAAUGGAUUUUGGAUCAUGGUGGUGCCACUUCAGUAUCAUCAUGGGGAAAAAUGUGGCUUUCAAUUUUGGGUGUCUUUGAAUGGUCUGGAAAUAAUCCUCUGCAACCAGAGAUAUGGAUGUUACCUUAUAUUCUACCAGCUCACCCAGGAAGAAUGUGGAGUCACUGUAGGAUGGUUCUUCUUCCAAUGUCGUACUUAUAUGGGCGGAGGUUUGUCGGUCCAAUCACAUCCACAGUGCUAUCUCUGAGAAAAGAGAUAUUUAAUGUCCCUUAUCAUGAAAUAGAUUGGAAUCAAGCACGCAACUUAUGUGCCAAGGAAGAUCUGUUCUAUCCACGCCCUCUCAUACAGGAUAUACUUUGGGGAACUCUGGAUAAAGUCGUGGAACCUCUUUUAAUGCAUUGGCCUGGAACGAAGUUAAGAGAAAAAGCGCUGAACACAGUUAUGGAACACAUACAUUAUGAGGAUGAGAAUACCCGGUAUAUAUGUAUAGGUCCUGUUAACAAGGUGUUAAAUAUGCUAUGCUGUUGGGUGGAAGAUCCAAAUUCCGAGGCUUUCAAGUUACAUAUCCCACGCCUCUAUGAUUAUCUAUGGCUUGCUGAGGAUGGCAUGAAAAUGCAGAGUUAUAAUGGAAGUCAAUUAUGGGAUACUUCCUUUGCUGUUCAAGCAUUUAUUUCAACUGAACUUACUGAAGAAUAUGGUUCAACUCUCAGAAAAGCUCAUACAUAUAUAAAGAACUCACAGGUGGUUGAUGACUGCCCUGGUGACCUUGAUUUCUGGUAUCGCCAUAUUUCUAAAGGUGCUUGGACUUUCUCCACUGCUGAUCAGGGAUGGCCACUUGCAGAUUGCACUGCUGAAGGAAUCAAGGCUGCGCUUCUACUGUCAAAAUUGUCACCAGAACUCGUUGGAGAGCCACUAGAUGCCAGGCGACUGUAUGAUGCUGUCAAUGUUCUUCUUUCUCUACAGAAUAGUGGCGGCGGCUAUGGAACAUAUGAACUCAUGAGAUCAUACAGUUGGAUGGAGUUAAUUAAUCCUUCUGAGUUAUUCGGCAACAACUCCAUUGACUACCCAUAUCUUGAAUGUACAUCAGUGGCAAUAGAAGCUUUGUCAGCUUUUAAGAAACUAUAUCCUGGGCAUCGUCAAGAAGAAAUCAAGCUUUCAAUUGAAAAGGCUGCUUUAUUCAUUGAAAAAAAACAAGAAUCAGAUGGCUCAUGGUAUGGUUCUUGGGCAGUCUGCUUUACCUAUGGCACAUGGUUUGGUAUAAAAGGCUUAAUAGCUGCAGGAAGGAGCUUCACUAGUUGUUCUAGUAUUCGCAAGGCAUGCGACUUUCUGUUGUCUAAACAAGUUGCUUCUGGUGGUUGGGGAGAGAGUUAUCUUUCCACUCUGAACAAGGUAUAUACAAAUCUUGAGGGUAAUCGCUCCCACGUUACAAGUACUGCAUGGGCAAUGCUGGCUCUCAUUGAUGCUGGACAGGCUGAGAGAGACGCUACUCCAUUGCACCGUGCAGCAAAAGUUCUGAUCAAUUCUCAGAUGGAUGACGGAGAUUUCCCCCAGGAGCUCAUGGGGGUGCUCAACAAGAACUGCUUUAUCACCUAUGGUGCAUACAGAAACAUAUUCCCCAUAUGGGCUCUAGGAGAAUACAGGUGCCGAGUUCUUAGGGGGCGUCGAUGACUUGUAUCGAAACCCCUGUGUUAAUUUAUGGUUUCUCUAAAUACAACCAUUAUGCUGUCUCAUUCUUAUUUGUCACUGGUGCUCCAUGUUGUAGUAAUUUUGGGUUUGUUUCUAAUGUCUAAUGACUCUAAUUGUCUAUGCAAUGAACACAAUGUAAUUGCAAGUUCGAUGGAACUAAGUGAAAUUUCGAAUAAUAUUGUGUCA